GCUACAUUAAUAGAAAAAAUGCUUUUACCCACAAUAAAUAGUUAACAAAGUUAAAAAUGAACUUUUUCUCUACUCUGGUUUUAUGGACAGGGCUUUUUAACUUUGGCAGCGGACUUAGGAUCUAUUUUAAUUUGCACAUUACUGAAGGAACUUUUCCUAAAAUAAUUCAAAUCGUCGUUGCAUGUAAGGAGAUAUCAGCAAAUAAACUAAAUCAGAAUGAAACGAUUGAUGAUAUUUCAUUACCCGAUGAUUUAGAACGAAGAAAGAAGCCGAUCACUUUGAAAUACGGAAAAUUUCUUAUAUCUGAUAUAAAAGUUAACUCGACAGAACGAUACAAGUGUAACUUAGUCACUCCGCUACCCCGCAUUUAUUAUAAUCAGGUGAAAACUAGAGUGAAAAGAGAACUAAAAGCAUCAAUUCCUGCAGAAUUUGGAGCGUGCCGACCUGGAUAUAGUCUCGCUUCGUAUGACAGAUGUUUUCCCUGUCACCCUGGAACUUAUGGCAGUGGAGUAUCAUCUAAAUGUUUGCCUUGUCCAAAAAAUUACUAUGGUCCUUUGCCUGCACAAGAUUCCUGUUAUGCUUGCCCAAAGGGAUCAAUAACAUUUUCCGAAGGAUCUGAUAACGAACAGGAUUGCAUCUAUGUUGACGUUGAUGGAAAGCCUCUGCCUCGAAUAUCUACCAAAGUUAUUGUCAUCAUAUCUUGCGUGUCUAUAUUUGUGUUACUUGUGAUGUAAGUUGGAGUUUUUCCCCCUUAAUUUUAAAUGUCUAUCUU